AUGUGUGGGGCGGCAUUACGGUCCGGUGUCAGAGAGGAGCAGAGCCAAGCUUCGCCCACGGAUGCCCGCAAUGCCGAUGGCCGCCUGACUAUCGCUGCACAAGCUGCCCGGUUCAUCAUCGCCAUCAGAUCAGGGCAGUGCAUCUUGUACAGUGUCGGCGAAGAGGAGUCUCUCAGCACAGUGUACUUGGCCACUGCUUGGGAUCACAACAACGCGAGGUCUAAGCCGCUAGGACGGCCCAGCAAGGUGCGCGCGCUCUUGGAGACGGUUUAUUGGGACACCAUGGGGAGAACAAGCUGCACUUGCGAUCGGGGGCGACUGUACUUUGACGCCCCUUGCGUCCAUAAGCUCGCGCUGCAGGCGCUAGAGCCGUCAAGGCUAGCGAGCCAUGUGUCUUUGCCGCGGGGGGCAAGGGUCGUGGAGGUGCCAUGCGAGGAGGCGGUUGAGCGGGUCUUUGGGGUGUACUGGAAUGCUGGGUCACCGUCACCGCAGCGAACGAUGGUCCACUACUCCGCAACCGCAGACUUCUUCUGGUACUGUGAGGGGCGGCAGGAUGGGUGCAGCAGGGUGGCCGAUUGUGGUCACAUUCAAGAGGCGAAGAGAGCUCUCGAGCGAAAAGGGGGCAUGCAGAGGUUGGCCGGCAGCUUCUUUUCAAACGAACAGCUGAAGCGGGGUUUGGGAAGUGUCGGCCAAGAUGGGCUCAGCGGAGGCGCUUUGCAUCAAAGCAACGUUGACUCUGAGGCCCCGUCCUGUAUGCAGCGGAACAAAGAGGGGGCGACAGACUUGGGGCUAGAAAAGUACAUGGCUGAGUUGAUUGUGGGAGGCCACCAUGAAGCAACUUGCAAGGGGGACAGUUGCUUCUGCAAGCAGCAUGCGAGGUUGUUUGGCGGGGUCAAACUCGACACUGGGGGGCAGCAAAAUGCACGACACGCUGCUGCAACUCUGCCUCUGCGAGUGGGAAACGGGCUCGAUCGGGGCAAGCAGAGGCGGGAGAGGGGGACGUUCCUCUAG